AUGAACAUGGGUACUGCCUGGGUUGGGGUAGUGGGUGCAGACGACAGCGUGGUUACCACCUACAACGUCACAGCCGGCCAGGUCAUCUUCUUCCCUAGAAACACUGUGCACUGGGUGAAGAAUCCCCAGGGAGGAGUGGACUUCAUCAGGACGUUCGAGCAGCAGCCGGAAGACCAGGCAGUCAACCUGCCCAACAACCUGCAGGAGCUCGUGCACAACGCCAGCUACGUGCAGUCCCCGGAGCGCCUGGUGUGGCGGUACUUCUACGACCUCAAAGGGUCAGCCCAAUAUCCUUUUCCAGGAGGAGUCUUCCAGUGGGCUCGCUACCGCAUAAAUGGAACCGGGUUAAACGAGACGGAGAAAAUUUUUAGCGAGUCUCUGAAUCAGCAUGAAAACACCCUCACGUUGGCAACCCUGAGGAUAUUCAGCAACGGGCUGGGGCAGCCUCAUUUCCACUUCAACGCCAACGAGAUGGGCUACGUCAUUAGUGGCUGUGGAAAGGUUGGGGUCAUUGCGUCUGACGUCACGGCCAACUUCAACAUCGACAUUGGAGAUGUCAUCUUUUUCCCUGUGGGAAGCCAGCAUUAUAUCAAGAGCGUGUGCGAUGAGGACUUGCUCCUGAUCCUAGCCUACAGCACGGGCAACCAGCUGGAAACCCUCCGGAUGAAUGACUACUUCCAUAAGACAGCAGAUCACAUCCUCGCUCAGCUUUUCUUCAAGGAGCAGAAGGAAUUUCAAAAGAUCCCCCAGGCUUCUAAAAAAUAA